AUGCCGCCCCUCCCUUCCACCACACAAGCCCUAACAACACGUCUCACUGCACUAUCGGAGGCGAACAAGGCGGCUGGUCAAUUGAUACACCGGCUCGCCAAGCUAGAGUUCCAGCCUGGAUCGCUGCCACUCGACGGCACGGACGAGGGAGACGUGCGCUUGGAGUUGAGUGCUGAGAUACACGAGACGUUGAAGGGGAUCGAGGAGGACUUGGAACUGCUUCGUCAGGAGGUCGAGGAUAUUACGCAGCAGGCUCGUCUUGACGGUAGGCGGAAGGACGGCGCUAAAGAGAACGAGAGGAAUAGGCUUGCGGUGUUGCUUGCACGGUUGACUGAAGAUCUCAAGUCAUCACGAGUACAGUAUCGAAAAGCCCAACUGACAGCCAAACACAACGCCGACCGUGCAAAGCUCAAGGAACGCGAACUCCUCUUCAACAACCUCCAGUCCGGCUCCUCAACCCCCUCCUCAACCUACCGCCAACGAAAGCAGCAAAAAGGCUUCUCAGAGGGCGAAGUCGUAGCCCAAGCCUCGUCGGACGUCACCGCCGCCCUGCGCCGCACGCACCAGUUGAUGCAAGACGAGCUGUCGCGCUCGCGCUUUGCCCAAGAAACCCUCGAGCAGUCAACGGCGGCACUGGCGGAACUGGGGGAAAAAUACGCAGAUUUAAACACGUUGUUGGCGAAUAGCAAGGCGCUGGUGACGACGCUGCUCCAGAGCACAAAGAGCGAUACCUGGUAUCUCGAAACGACGUUUUACGUGCUCAUCACCACCGUCAUCUGGCUCGUCUUUCGCCGCUGGCUCUACGGUCCCCUCACCUGGUUCCUCAUCUGGCCCCUCAAACUCGCUUUUCGCCUCUUCUUCGCCCUUUUGCCCGUCGGUGGCGGCGCCGCUUCUGCAGCAGCAAGUUCCAGUCCCGCGCUCUCGUCCUCGUCUUCGUCUAGCCUGAUUGUCAAACCCAGCGCAACAGGCGGAAUUCCAAGACGAAACACGGAUCCCAACGCCCCUCCGCAUUUCGUUCGCGUUGGCGGCGGCGGCAGAGGUUAUAUGCAGGGUGCGGCCGAUCCCAGUCCGCCGCAUUCUCACUCGCAAAUCGUUGGCAAUAUGGCGGAACAGCAGCAGGAUCAGCAACAAGAAGACACCCCCAUCCACCCACAACUCAGAGACAACCCCAUGCAGCAAGGCGAUGAUGACCCCGACGCCCCGGUCCGACGCGGCGACGGCACUAUUCUAGAGCCGGGUCAUGGCCCGCGCAAUCCCAAGAAGAAGAUGUGGGAUGAACGGGUUGAGGCCGCGAAGUUUGAGCAGCAGCAGAAGCAGGGGGCACAGGAGCAGGAGGGUCAGGCAGCGCAGACAGGGCAGGCAGGGACGCAACAGGGUGAGGCGCAGAGACAGAGGGAUGAGUUGUAG